AACAAACCACUGCACCAGCUGUUCACCUAGCCAGUGGGUGAGCCAAGUCAACCAAAGAAAUACAGUGGGGUCCUUCACUUGAAAGUUGUAAGAUACAUUUGUACGUUUAGGUUGGUCUUUUGUUUGGCUUAAAGAAACUUGUACUAGAAAACUACUUGUUUAAAUUAUCUGAAGAUUUCUCGGUCAUCAUGAAUUUAUUAUUGCCAGUUUUAGCUUUAAGCAUAGCUGCCAUCACUCUCAGCCAGGACUUACAAGACUGCAUGGAAAGUUGUAAAGCCAAUUGCCAUGCGAGUGUUUUAAGCCGUUGUCUGUUAAUUGGCGGAGUGGUGAACAAUAACUUGUGCACUGGAUCGACAACAGCUUGUGAAAAUGACUGCUUUAAAAACAGGUGUCUUUGUGAAACUACUUGCAAGGCCAAGUGCAUGGAUGAAACAUGUCUUCAUGAUUGUGUGGUGAAUGAAUGCACUUCACCACUAGCAGAUACAACUCAAGCACCUCCUGUGAAAAGCGAUACAACAGUACCCCUCAGUGAUGACCUCAAUCCAGUCAACCAGAAUGAAGAGGUGGUCCCAUAAGUAUCACUUGAUAUUCACUAAGAGGGACAUGUGACACUUUGUUUUGAAUAAGAGACUUCCACUGAACAUUAUUUGGUAGAGUUACAUCCCUUCUUAUCAGUUAAACUAUUGAAUGUAAAAUUAAUUUAGAAAGUGAUCCCACUCAAAGUAUUAGAAUGAUAUUUUUUAUCUGUAUAGAUCUAGAUAAGCACCUGAAGGUCUCCUGAAACUUUUUUGUCAUUAUAAAUCUAUUUCUUAAUCUAUCAAUAAUAUUUUUGUCCCUGUUAUUAUAAAUAUAUUUCUUAAUCUAUCAUUUGUAUUUCUUGUCCUGAGAACAUCUCUCCAUAGUAUUUAUUUCAAACUUGCAUUUCAAAAUUAAACAUAUAGUUCUAUUUCAGUGGAAAACUUCAGCCAAAUUAGUAACUGGAGCAAUUAGCAACUAGAGUAAUAUUUUUUUUAGGAAAAGAUCAAGUGGGAGAAUGUUGUGAAAUGUAGAAUAACAGACGAUGAAAUCUUAAAAUUUGAAAUUAGAAAAACAAAAACGUUUCACAAAUAGAUCUCUCUCUAUAUAUAUAUAUCUGAAUAAAUGACACAAACAGUCACUCGUACACUUCUAAAUAAAACGAAACAAAAACUUUGUACAAACAAUGAACAAAACUUUUUUUUUUUAGUUCAAUUGUUUUUUUGUUUUUCUUUUUCAUUGAAUGUGAAAAAUACCAGAAUAAAUAGUAAAACGGAA